UGGCAUCCUUAUUAUGAUAUCGCCAUUUGUAAAAGAUUCUUGCAUUAACGCAGUUUCAAGGACCAAAUAAAUUAUUUUGUGAUUUGCCAAGAAUGACAAGCAUCGGGGAUUUGUUUACAAAAUAUAAUUGUACAAAUUGCCAGGACGAUAUCUCUGGUAUUCGUGUACAUUGUGCAGAGUGUGAAAAUUUUGAUUUAUGUCUUCAGUGUUUUGCUUCCGGGGCGGAGAUCGGUACACAUCAGAAUAAUCAUGCUUAUCAGUUUAUGGACACCGGCACAGCUAUAUUGUCUGUAUUUCGAGGCAAGGGCGCUUGGACUGCUAGAGAAGAAAUACGACUACUGGAUGCUAUAGAACAAUAUGGAUUUGGAAAUUGGGAAGAUAUAAGUAAACACAUUGAGACGAAGUCAGCAGAGGACGCCAAAGAAGAAUAUGUUAAACGAUUCGUUAAUGGCGCAAUUGGUCUUCACACUUGGACACCCGCCAAAUCGCAACGACCCUUGUUAGUAGAUCACACUUCUGAGGAUGUAGGUCCUUUAGGCGCUACAGCUUUACAACGUCUGCCUCCUUUGGACAUUACCAAUGAAGAAGCUGCUCAGUUAGGUUAUAUGCCAAAUCGGGAUGGCUUUGAACGUGAAUAUGAUCCCACAGCUGAACAGUUAAUAUCGACAAUGUCUCUCAGCACCGAAGAUACCGAAGCUGAUUAUUUAUUAAAAUUGGCUCACGUCGACAUGUAUACACGUCGUUUACGGGAACGAGUACGACGUAAAAGGCUGGUUCGUGAUUAUCAACUUGUAGCUACCUUCUUUCGCAAUCGUAAUUAUGCUCAACAUCCAGGCAUGACACGUGAGCAAAAGGAAUUCCGUGAUCGUUUUCGUGUCUUUGCUCAAUUUUACACAUCCAAUGAGUACGAACGACUACUGAUGUCUCUCGAACGUGAAAAAGAGUUGCGAAUACGUUUAGCUGAGCUAUGCCGCUAUAGAUACAACGGAUUAACUAAAAUUGACGAAUGUCGACACUUUGAACAACAUGCAGCUAUGUCUUUAAAUCGUUCAACUGGACCCUAUGGUCAUGGAAAAACUGACAACACGCACCUCAGCAUUGGAAGUCGUCGGCAGCUAGGCUCUUCCUUACACUCUCCACAACACAGCAGCAGAAAACCCGAACUGUCAAACGGAGGCGAGGCAAACCUAAAUUCCAUCGUAUCAAGAAACACGCUCCACACCGGCGACCUGACCUCCUCCGGCGCAUUAUUGCACAACAGAAAUUACUUGGAUAGCUGUCGGGAAUCGUCGGUUCAUACGACGAUAUCGCAAGCGGGGAUGAUAGUGGGAGCGGGCACUAUGUCUACAACCAAAUUAACGAACGGAAAUCCACAGCCACUGAUACCAAUUCAGCAGUAUACCACGACGAUGGCAGUAAAAAGUCAACAAACGCCACAAUUACAAAUAAACGACGUCGCCGUAAACGAAAAACAACAUUUACAGCAACUACUGUUGCAGGAAAAUAAUAAUGUGGACGUUAAGACACUUCAAAUGAGUAGUAUUUUGCAUGCUCAAUUAGAUGAAUUAAAGCAUCUACCACAACCUUUGGGCACCGAUUUAUUAUCCACUAAUGAACAGCAAGUUUGUAAAGACUUUAACCUACCGCCUACGACAUAUUUAUCCCUAAAAACUUGUUUACUUAGCGGUGCUCCCAUUGUUAAUAAUUUGUCACCCGUUGAAAACUCUCUAAGAAAGUAUUUUAUAAAAGUAGGUUGGCUGAGUCAUUAAACUCACCGAUGUUAUAAUAUUUGUACGCUCUCAACUAUUUCUGCCCAAACCACUUUAUAAUACAACAAAACAACAAAAUAAGGCGGCAAUAUGUUUAUACUAAAUUAAUUUAAAAUUGGUAUAAUUCAUAUUUAAAUUACAUAUACUUAUAACUUUAGAAUCAUAAAUUCCAUGUAUAUUUGAAGAUCUAUAAAAACUCAAUAUAUUUAUUUAGCUUAAAAUUUAGCAGUAAUUAGAAAUAAUCUAAAUGCUUACUUGUAUCAAGUUAUCAUUUUUGGUUUUCUUUAACCAUGUUUUUGUUCUAAGAAUGGUUAAUCCCCAAGGAACGGCUUAGUUUUAAAAUGUUAAAAUCACUUAUAUAAUGAUAUAAAACGACAUUCGGUAGUUGGUUUUUCGUUUAGUGUGAAUAUAAACAUAGAUAUAUACGAAUAAAAUUUUGUUCUGAAAAUAAAUUAUAAUAUGAAAUCUCUGCUAUACUUA